AUGGCAACUUUCCAAUCUCCUCUCUCUUUUGCCUUAGCAAUUGCACUAUGUGUGGCUGGUUUUAGCUGCAUAUAUGCCCACAAUGGUGGCCUUACUGUGGAACUAAUCCACCGUGAUUCACCCAAUUCCCCCUUUUACAACUCUCAAGAAACUCGCCUCCAACGUUUAAACAAUGCUUUCCGUAGAUCCAUUAGUAGCGUCCACCACUUUAUGCCAACUGCUGCUUCAGUCUCUCCAUAUGAAGCUGAAUCUGAGGUUAUAGCCAACCGAGGUGAAUACCUCAUGAGCUUAUCCCUCGGGACACCACCUUUUGAAAUCCUGGCUAUAGCAGAUACGGGUAGCGAUCUUUUAUGGACACAGUGCAAGCCAUGCGAACGGUGUUACAAGCAAGUUGAUCCUCUUUUUGAUCCGAAGUCUUCAAAAACAUAUAGAGACCUUUCCUGUGACACAAGCCAAUGCAAAAAAUUAGAGCAAACUUCUUGCUCCUCUGAUCAAGUUUGCCAAUACUCGUAUUCUUAUGGUGAUCUAUCCUUCACCAAUGGAAACGUUGCAGUUGAUACAGUCACUUUGGCUUCCACAAAUGGACGUCCAGUGUCUUUCCCUAAAACUGUAAUUGGAUGUGGACACCAAAAUGAUGGAACCUUUGAUAAGAAAGGUUCAGGUAUCAUUGGCCUAGGAGCUGGUCCGGUGUCCCUUAUAUCUCAAAUGGGCUCCUCAAUUGGUGGCAAAUUCUCCUACUGUUUGGUGCCACUAGACUCUAAAUCUGGAAACUCAAGCAAAUUACACUUUGGGAGCAAUGCUGAGGUAUCAGGUUCUGGAGUCCAAUCUACCCCAUUAGUGAGAAAAGAUCCAGAUACCUUCUACUUUCUGACUCUAGAAGCUAUCAGUGUUGGAAAUAGUAAAAUAAAAUUGGUUGGUUCAUCCUUUGGUGGCAGUGAUGGAAACAUCAUCAUUGAUUCCGGUACUACUUUGACCCUAUUGCCAGAAGAAUUCUUCAACAAAUUGACUACAGCAGUCGAGAAAGCAGUUGUUAAUGGCCAACCAGCCAAGGACCCAAGUAAAUUCCUGAGUCUUUGUUAUCUUGCCACUUCUGAUCUCAAACUUCCUAUACUCACUGCACAUUUCUCUGGUGCGGAUGUGAAGCUCCAACCUAUAAACACCUUCGUUCAAGUUUCAGAUGAUGUUGUGUGCUUUGCUUUUAGCUCUAUUGAUUCAGGUGCAAUCUACGGUAACAUUGCACAGAUGAACUUCUUGGUAGGGUAUGACAUUAAAGGAAAGUCUGUGUCCUUUGAGCCAGCUGAUUGCACCAAGCUGUAA